AUGCGUGAAAUAGUUCAUCUCCAAGCUGGUCAAUGUGGUAAUCAAAUUGGUGCUAAAUUUUGGGAAGUUAUUUCGGACGAACAUGGUAUUGAUCCAACUGGUACAUAUCAUGGCGAUUCUGAUCUUCAACUUGAACGUAUCAAUGUCUACUACAAUGAAGCAGCUGGUAAACAAAUUCUUUCAAAAUCAUUAUUCUCUUUAAAUUCUCAUUUUAUUUUAGGUGGCAAAUAUGUUCCUCGUGCUAUUCUUGUUGAU